AUGGAAAACCGCCGCGCGCUUCUUUUCUUCGUGCUCCUGUUCUUCCUGCUAUCUGCGCCAGAACCACGCCCGCCGACCCUCAACCUCGAGCGAGAGCGCCAUCAGCAGAAGAAGGAGGAACAGCGAGCACUGUCACUCCUUAAUACGUCGAGAUACGGUGACUUGGACAGCGCUGCAGGUCGCUGGCUGCCUCUAGGAGGCCUGACCAAGGAGGAUGGUUAUGCAUGGGGUUUGCUUCCUGCUGUCAAGGACCGCGCCCGGGACCAGCUAUACUCGAUUCUCCAACACUCCGGCUUGUUGGACGAGCAACCGAUCGAGUGGCAGACACGCCCACUUCGGUUAGACCUUAAUAUCUCAGAUCUACAGAUUCCCGUAUAUCACAAUGUUACUGGGAAGAUCCGGGGCAACUGGGUUCGCUGGCAUGGUCCGGAGACAGAAAACCUCCCGCAGCUGAAUACCACGGCAAUCAUGCUGAGACAUGAUUAUUUUACCAAUACAUUCGCGAAUAAUAUUACUACGGACCACGGAACUCUCUUGAUAGAGUUACAGGAGGAGGACAGAGAAGGCCUCGCCUUGGACGGGUCAAGCGCCAGGGAGAUAAGAGCAGAUAUCACCCUAUACACGGAUGUGUCGCUGGGGGCCAGCCAUUUCGUACGGCUCUUCGGAGUGCAUUUCCCAUCAUCGGGCGGAAUUAUUCUCAGCACCACCAGUGAAAAGUUCGCUGGUUUGUCAGCAAUGCCUCAAUUUGCUCUUUCGAAUGAUACAUUUGAACUCUCCCGUCAGCUAUUGAAUAGGUCAUUGACUGAAACCUUGGCUGAAAAGAAAGCUGGCCCUGUCGAUUAUUUGCCUUGGUCGUCUCUUCCUAACGGCCCGAGCACCAUGACAUUCCCUGCGCCGAAGUGCGAAUAUAUCGUGUAUCUUCAGCAGCAUCCCGUGGUAAUAAAGGGCCAAAUAGCUCGACUCCCUCUGUUGCAGUCGAUCGAAGAUGAACUGCGUUUCCCAGUUGGAGCCCCAGUGCCGUCUCCACCAUUGAUGGCGAUGUCUAUGACGCUUUUCUCUCCAGAUUGUGGAUUCGUGUUGGAGAGCAAGGGGUCGCCAACUUAUUCCCCUUCGGAUGGACUCUAUCUUUCGGGCCCCAAGCAGGAGCAAUACCGGAAACACGCUGGGCGGUUAGUAGUGAUUACGGCGGCAGUUCUUUGCACCCAGAUUCACCUGCUGAUGAGGCAGAUGAAAGAGGCCUCCACACCCUCAACGAGGAGUCGAGUCAGCUUCUACACAAUCGCCAUGAUGUCUAUAGGCGACGCUCUUUUUGGUUCAUUUAUUCUGAUGCAGUUAUAUGACGAAGCUCCGUUCCUUCUGCUUACCACUGCGACAUUUUUGACAUUCUUCUCUGUCAGUUUCCUUGCGAUGAAGUUCCAGAUAGAAGUGUGGGUUGUUCAGGCCCCUGAACGCAGGGAAACCGAUCGAUCAUCGUCUACUCGAGCCACUGGACCAUCGCAGUCACUCCCAGCGCCAGCAACAGCCCAUCGCCCCCUGGAUACAGGUGCCACCCCUAUCAUCAUACUCCCUCCAGAUCAGGAUGAGCCCGUAGAGAUCACCACGGCCCCACCAGCAUCUCAAGGAACCAGUGAUUCAGGGACAAACGACACAGGUACAAUGUACUCUCGAUUUUAUUUCACAGUCUUUUUCCUCCUCUUCUUCUCGUCAUGGUCAUUAUUCUGGCCAACUCGCCUAGCCCGAAUGUACGGCCAGACGAUAUCCUUUGCCUACCUCUCGUUUUGGAUUCCCCAGAUAUAUCGCAAUGUAAUGCGAAACUGCCGCAGGGCACUGACAUGGGAAUUCGUGGUGGGCCAGAGCCUCAUCCGAGUAUUCCCGUUUAUCUAUUUCUACGCCCUCCCAGGCAAUGUCCUCUUUAUCGAAUUUAGUUCUAUAUUUACUGUGGGAAUUGCAGCCUGGGUAUGGAUGCAAACGGUGAUUCUAGCUGGCCAGGACCUCCUAGGCCCAAGAUUUUUAGUUCCCAACGGCUGGGCACCGCCAGCCUACGAUUACCACCCAAUUUUGCGAGAUACAUCUGCGUCAGGCUCCAGUGAAGAUAUCGAGGCUGCAGGUGUUUUGCCGAUUGGCUUCCUCCGAGGAGAAGCAAUUCAUACCGCUCCAAGCAGCACGGGAGACGACAACAAGCAUGGCUCAGACAAUACUGAUUCUAAUAAUACCCGCGACAAGGAUCGCAAGACUAGGCGGUUCGACUGUGCCAUCUGCAUGCAGGAUAUCGAUGUGCCGGUCCUCACGGCCCCGAGCAGUAGCACGGGUGCGCCAGCUAGUGUUGCAGAAGGAGCUGCAAACCUGCUUAGCCGACGAGCUUACAUGGUCACGCCAUGUCGACACAUCUUUCACAGUACAUGUUUGGAGAGUUGGAUGCGGUUGCGACUACAGUGUCCGAUUUGUAGAGAGAAUCUACCCCCGAUUUAA